UUAUACUAAUACAGUAAAGUUCUUCAAAGCAGAGUACGUUAUUCUGUGAAAAGGCAACGAGCUGAGAGUGAUAGAAACGAAACAAAAAUAUCCAAGGAUUAAAAUCAAAACAAGUUUCCUAAAAUGCUUGUUUACAUCACGUCGGUAACCGAUGCUAGUUGUUUAUUUAAAAAGUGAUAUUUAAUUCCGAGCACUUUUUGGGCCACAGAACUCGGCGAGGUUUGCAAAUAUUAAACAAUCAAGAUGACAGUUGAUUUUAAUGACUACUUUUGGGGGGAAAAAAACAACGGAUUUGAUGUUCUCUACCAUAACAUGAAGUUUGGGUUGCAAGCUAGCAAAGAACUUUCCGAUUUUUUCCGGGAAAAAUCAAAUAUAGAAGAACAAAAUUCCAAAUUGAUGUCCAAGUUAGCCCACAAGGCUAGUACAGGAACAUUAAACAGCACUUUUGCACCAAUAUGGACAAUAUUAAGGACAUCGGCUGAGAAGUUAUCUACCUUGCACAUGCAAAUGGUGCAGAAAUUGAGCGAGCUAGUAAAAGAUGUAGCAAAAUAUGCCGAUGAACUGCAUAAGAAACAAAAAGCUGUAAAGGAAGAUGAGGCUCAAACAUUGGAGUGUGUAAAGGCUAUUCAAACUUCAACAUCCGAGGUUCAAAAGGCCAAAGACCUUUACAGUGGCAAAGUGCAAGAGCUGGAGAAACUGCGCAAGGACAAUGCUUCGCAAAAAGACAUCGAGAAAUUAGAAACGAAGUUGCGAAAACUACAAGAAGAGUAUAAGCUAUUACUAGAUAAGCAUAACCCUAUCAAAAACGAAUUCGAACGUCGAAUGACUCAAACCUGCAAACGUUUUCAAGAAAUCGAAGAAGUUCAUUUGCGGCAAAUGAAGGAGUUUCUUUCGACAUAUUUGGAGUUGUUGCAAAACAAUCAUGACAUGGUUGGCCAAGUGCACUCAGAUUUUAAACGCCAAUUCCUAGACAUGACCGUUGACAAAUUGCUGGAACAAUUUGUAUUGAACAAAUAUACAGGCCUAGAGAAGCCAGAAAUGCCAGAACUUGAGUUCAUUCCACUAUCAAUAAAUCAACAAAUGUUAGCCACUUCGAAUGUUCGCCUUAAUCAACCAUCAAUAACUUCAAAUUCAAACUCGGUUACCAGCAUAAAUCGCGGGACCAGUGCGUACACGACGGAACAACGUGCUGCUGAAGGCAUGUCAACGGGUAGUCUGACUAGUGGUAGCGGCGGUUUCGCAAAUGCCGAAGAAUCAACAUCUGAAGCUAAAAAUACCAAACCCUUAUCACGACCCACGUCACCCGAAUGCACUUCCGCCAAUCCAGUUGCUACUGGCGUUAAAAGUAAUUUUCGAAAUUGGUUCUCUUCCAACAGCGCGAGCAAACCCCAGCAACAAAGUGCUGGGAUGCCUGCAUCUGUCACUAGUGGUAGUGGAAAUUUCGGUACGGAAAGUUGUUGUAUUACAAGUUCAACCACUACUGGCACAACUACCACAACCAUCAACAAAAAUUCUCUUAAAUCAGAGCUUCAAUCACAGCAGGAAAAUAAUACCCAAGUGGAACGAGAUACUUUAAUGGUAGAUCCUGCGGGAGACUCAACUCCGACAUCGUCGAAUAGUCGCGAAUCAAAAGUUAGAGCGAACGCAGACGGUCCACUGACUGCAAUAAAACAUCAUCAGUGUUCUCCACCACAACCUAUAACAAAGAGCAAAAACUCUACUACCACGAAUAUUACACCUCCUUCUUCUUCAGUAUUGGUUACAAAUCAAAGACGUACAACAUCUUUAUUGAAUAUAUUCACGUCGAAUUCCCAGGUGUCGGGGAUUCUACGAAGUCGGCGCGAUAAGGCGAAAACUAAGAAGUCAAAGAAAAAGAAAGAUGGCGAAAUGGCCGACAAUAUUCAGGAAGAGAGAACUCACAGUGUGGACAAAGGAAGUAACUGUGGCGAAUAUGAGGAAAACAAAUUAAAGACCCACAACUCUAGUGGAAGUAGUGCUGGUGCGCUGGCAAUUUCAUCGAACUCAGGUGGAGGUAGUGUGGACUCCGCUGGAGCAUCGGCCGCAGCCUCAACAUCGAUUAUAGCUGGAAUAUCGAACAGCGCGGAAGUAGAUUUAAGCCGCACGAAAAACAGCACUAGUUUGUCGCCAGCUGUGGGACAGACGAGUGAGGGUAACGAGGUCGAUGAAGACGGUUACAGUAUACAGCCGCCCAAGGAAGUUGCUUGGGAGGAAAAUAAUGAAAAUGCAGGCUUUUACUCCGACUCGGACUCGGAUUCAGAUAACGACAGACCAGAAAAACGUAUUCAUGUGAAGAUAAAGCCGCUUAAUAAUGGGCAGGCACCAAUGUCUGCCAGCGUUGAUGAACUUAGGGCUACUGUAGAAAAUAUUUCCCUUUCACCAACCGGAAUAUUCACUCAGCACAGCCAACAGCUGCAACAGCAAUCUAGGCUACCGUCACGGCAGCAAUCGCCUGAGAUUUCAAAUGCGUCCACGCCUACAGCUGCUGUACAUCCAUAUGCGCCUUUGCAGAGUCCAACUUUGUCGAUGACCCACAACUCAAGAUAUGCUGAUUUGGGAGACAUCUUCUCAGAGCUAGGCGAGGUUAGUAGUUCGGCUCCUGCUUCUGCAAAUUUUGGGAAAAGCCACGGUCGUCAAAUACCUACACCUACAUCAGUUACUGGAAGCAGUAUUGCCAUUCCUCGCCCCCCUUCCAGACGUUCCGAAAUGGUGGUUGGGUCAAGAGGUCGUAUAAGCCCCGCCCCCAUUAAUGUUAUGAACCGAGCAGAUAGUAUAGGCUCGUUGGAGUUUCGAACAGCGAUUGGUGGAAUUGGUUCGUCAAGAGGUCCAUCACCGCUUACUAUAGGUAUAUCCGAUACUGUACCUUUAGCAGUAGCAUUCCAUGAGAUAAUUCAUGCCUACUUCAGGGGCAGUGAUGAGUCCCGUUGUCAAGUAAAAAUAUCUGGCGACAUGAUGCUUUCAUUCCCUGCGGGAAUUGCUGGUCUUUUAGCCAAUAAUCCCAACCCAGCCAAAUUGGGUUUUCGUAUUAAAAAUGUUCACAAUUUAGAAAAUUUUAUACCAAAUAGUAAAUUAGUACAAGUUGACAAAAACCAGUCUAGCUCAUUUAGUACAAUGCUAGAAUUCAACAUGUCUGCGUUAACAGCAUUGCUGCGACGGCAAGCUGAGCACAAUCCCACGGCGUCUUAUUUUAAUGUGGACAUUUUAAAAUAUCAAGUUCGUACGAAACCAGGAGCUAGUUCAUGCCCAUUUCAGCUGGUGACCUAUUGGAAAUGUGAACCGACUUUUACAGCGUUGAAAGUUGACUACAAGUAUAAUAACCAUGCCAUGGUUGCAGCGUGUCCUUUGCUAAACGUUACACUCUCAGUCCCGGUAAAUGGCGCUGUGCGCAAUGUGCAAUCUAAACCGCAUUCAGCUUGGUUGGGAGAAUCGAAUCGCUUGGUUUGGAAUUUUACCGAUAUAUCACAGAACUCUCAAGACGGUGGGGUCGGAACACUCAGAGCUCGUUUGGAACUAGGCGAUGGUCCAUCGACUCCAACCCUAUUGAGCACACAGUUCAACUGUGAAGGCACUACGCUGUCAGGCAUUGAAUUCGAAUUGCAAGGAGCUGGCUAUAGGGUUUCCUUGGUGAAAAAACGUUUUGUAUCCGGUAAAUAUGUUUGCGAGGGAGAUGGCAUACGGAGCGCUGCUACGCCAACACCACCAUCUGUCGGUUCUUCUAGUCCAUUUUCUGCUAAAUCGAAUUAAAUUCAAUCGUUAUUCCAAACAUCACUUGCUUUAAAAAGCGGAAGCCUCAAUUAAUUUACAUUUUUAUACUACAUUUGUAUGUGUUUUGUCAAGAAAUCAUAUACCAAACGAUACGAAUCUUUUAGCGAACAUAGAUAAGUUUGAACAAACUCCAAAUUUUAUAUACAAUAAGUACCACCACAACUUCUCUUUUGCUUUGCGUCAUACAAACGUUUUUGCAGGACACACAUGGAAAUGUAUUAUUGUUAUUCACAGUUAUUAAUUAUAAUUACUAUACAUUAUAAUUCAUAUUAAUAUUUCUUA